AUGUUGGGCCUUAAAAGACGACCUCAUAAACGUCGAAAUGCAAAUAUACAUCUGAGACGUUUAACACAAGCUUAUCUUACAACAGUUAAUCAGUUCCAACCAUUGGUCGUUCGUACUGCAUAUGAGAAAGUGGAUAGUGUCUACUACUUAGUGCAAAAGCUUAUACUGAAUCAACAAAGUGUAACUAGCGGAUUGUUUCCACGAUAUUCUGAAAAAUGUGAAAUUGGCUUUGUCAAGGAUAGCAUUUAUUGUGCUUUGGCAUGUUGGACUUGUUCUAUUGCAUACAAACGACUGGACGAUGAUCGAGGACGACAAACGGAACUGAGACAAUCGGCAGUGAAAGCAAUGCGAGGGAUUAUGUUUUGCUGGAUGCAAGAGCUUGAUAAUCUCAAUCAUUUCAAAGAAAAUAUUUCACCAGAAUUCUCUUUACAUGCACGCUUUGAUUUACACACAGGCAUGGUUCUUUCAACACCAAACGAAAAGAAAUAUGGACAUUUACAAAUGGAUCUUAUUGCGUUAUAUCUCUUGGCUUUGGUUCAGAUGACUGCAGCUGGUAUUCAGGUAAUUUACACACACGAUGAGGUCUGUUUUGUUCAAAAUCUUGUUUUCUAUAUCGAACGAACUUAUCGUACACCGGAUUUUGGUAUGUGGGAAACAGGUUCGAGAUACAAUGUUGGUGAACGUGAACUUCAUGCUAGCAGCUUGGGGAUGGUGAAGGCUGCGUUGGAAGCAAUAAAUGGUUUUAAUCUUUAUGGGACGGCUGGGACUAGUUCAUCUGUAAUAUAUGUUGAUAUUGAUGGACAUAAUAGGAAUCGUACUACUUUUGAAACGAUUUUGCCUAGGGAAAGCAAUUCAAAGAAUACUGACGCUGCAUUGCUGCUAUCGAUAGGAUGGCCGGCUUUUGCAACGCAUGAUCCGGAACUCUAUGAGAAAACAUUUAACAAAUGUAUUCGACGUCUGGAAGGUCGAUAUGGAUUAAAGAGAUUUCUUCGGGAUGGCUAUCGCACCGAACUUGAAGAUGCUUCGAGACGAUAUUACGAGGAGCACGAAACAUCGCGCUUUCACAAUAUUGAAUGCCAAUUUCCAGUGUUCUUCGCUUAUAUCGCAAUUACUGCUCAUCUUCGUGGGGAGCGAAAAUUAUCUCAUUCAUAUUGGCAAAAAACCAAUGAAAUGCUUGUUUCGAGUGAGAAAACAUCAUGUUUGAUAAUGCCGGAGUGUUACAUUAUUAAUGAAGAACAUAUGGAUGCUGAAAGAAUGAAACCAAAUUCUCAGAAUUUUUAUCCGGCGAAUCCAUGCGAGUUUGGUCACCAUCUGUGGUCUAAUGCUGUUUAUCUAAUAGCAUUGCUUUUAAAGGAUGACUUCGUUCAUUUAACAGACAUCGACCCAAUCUGUCGACAUCUUCCAGCUAGUCAACGACCAAAAUACCAGAAUCGUCAUUCUGUAUUUCAGCGUGAUAUGGAGCAAACAAAAGGAAGCAGUAGUAUGGAAGGUGAUCCGGUAGUUCAGGUUGUUCUGAUUGCUGAGUCAAGUCGUUUGCAAAUGAUGCUUUCGACAUAUGGCAUUGACACUCAAACUCCACACGAUCUUGAGCCAGUAAAAAUUUGGCCGAGUUGGCGAAUGGUGAAAGUCUUCGAAUCCUUAGGAAAGAAUGAAAAGAUGGGCUUGAGUGGCCGACCAGGCCGGCCAUUUGGUCCUCUUAAUACGAGUAAAAUUUUCAAACGUUUUGGUGAUACUAUUCUUUGUUAUCCAUUAUUGUUCGAAGUGAAAGACUUUUAUAUCAAUGCAGAUCCGGCUGUAUUAAUCAACGAAAUUAAGUUAAAUUUGGAAUUUAUAUCGAGAAGAUGGAAGCUUACCGGUCGUCCCACAUUUUGCAUGGUUUUACGAGGCGAGAUUAUGAGUGGCGAAUAUUUCAGUCAUAUGUUGGAUUUGUUGAUCUCAUUGAAGAACGGUUGUAUCAGUGGAGUACGAGUACGAGUUGGUAGACUUCAUCAACUUUUAAAUUCUGGAUGUAUGGAACACGUCGACUUUGCUACUGAUAGUGAUGGCAAUUAUGACGAUUUUGAAGAGUUUGGCGAUACAGAUUCACAAGUGAUUUCUCGAGUAUCGAUACGAGAUAUUCAUGAAGAUGACACCCAAAGUACUGAGCGUGAUUAUAAUUGUAAGCCGGAUGAGGAAUUAUUUGAUGUAGUUCGAAAGCACAAUAUUGAUGCACUUCGUAGGGUGGCAUUUGCAAUUGUGAUACUCUCUCAACGGUAUGGAAUGGGAUGUAUUGUUGAUGACGAGACUUUGGAAGUGCGUUUGGAACGUGUUUAUCGUCAGGCAUGCGCUAGGCGUCGUUGGUGGGUAGUUCGUUACUGUGCUGCAAGGCUCCGGAAGGUGACAAAUUCAUUAGCACCUGGCAUAACAAACAUGCUUGUUAGAGGAAAACAGAUCACUGUUGGAGUCAGUGGUUGUCGAGAAAUGACUAUAACAGCGCCGACAACUCCGGAUGAAAUAGCCGUAGCGUUAUUUGAUUCAUAUCCAGAAAAUGAACCGCAGGCUUCUGUCUUACAGCAGGAGCUUAUUAUUGCAUGCUCUGAUUUAAUAGCGCAGAAGCCGUAUGCAUUUGAUGGAGUGCUGACGAUUCGAUUAGCAUGGUUAUCUGAUGCUAUGUCACUAAUGCUUAAUUAUAUGCGAAGUGCAGGAAGUGUGAAAAGGGGUUCCGUUGUCGGAAUGUUAAAUAAGUCAAUUUCAUCGACACAAGCAAAUUUUUAUGCGAAGAAAUCUACCGUUAUGAGACUAGAGCUUGGUGAAAACAUAAGUGUUUACGAUCUAUCACCAAUUCUUGUUAAGGAUGUUGUUGCUGCACUGUUGACCAGAAAAUAUUGGCACUUGCUAACCCCUUUGCAAUCACGACGCUUAAAUGGUUCACUAAAUCGCGUACCACCUAACUUCUAUGAUAGCGUUUGGAAAAUUUUAGAACGUACACAAGGUGGUAUCGUCAUCGCUGGACAACACCUUCCUCAGCAACCAACAUUAAGUGAUAUGACACCAUUCGAAUUAACUUUCUCAUACAAAAUUGAAUCUAUGAUGAGUGCUAUCGAGCAUCCAGAAUAUCGCCAAAUUCUUGUGGAACUACUGUGUAUAAUCGCCGUUAUUUUGGAACGGAACAGUGAACUGAUAUUCAGUAAUAAGCUAGAUUUAGAUCAGCUCAUCUCCACAGCUUUUCGACAAUAUUGUUCAGAUCAUGAUAUUGCGGACGGGAAUGAUAUGACGCCGUUCUAUGAAUUAAACGAUUCUGACUUGUCAAAAAAUUCAACAGCUAGCUAUUUUGCUCGUGCUGUAAUUGAUUCUUUGUUGAAUGGAAUAUGUCUCACAAAACGUAAAAUAACUACUUUUAUGCCAAGCGACUCAUUGUCAUGUGCUCCUGCGUCUAAUCCUGAACGAUCUGACAACCAAGGAUAUAAUGGUUGUUUGGUGAGCUAA